GCCUUGGGGCAUUGGAUGACACGUAUAUCAAGGUGAACAUGUCGCAAACCGAUAGGCAUAGGUAUAGAACACGUAAGGGAGAAGUUGCCACAAACGUCCUCGGUGUGUGUGAUACGAAAGGCGACUUCGUCUUCGUAUUGGCUGGUUGGGAAGGAUCCGCAGCAGAUUCGCGUAUUCUUCGAGAUGCUAUUGCACGACCAAAUGGACUGCAUGUUCCUCACGGUUAUUACUAUUUAUGUGACGUCGGAUAUCCCAAUGCAAAGGGAUUUCUAGCUCCCUAUAGAGGACAAAGAUACCACUUGCAAGAGUGGCGAGGAGCGGGAAAUGCCCCUGCCACCGCGAAAGAGUACUUGUCAACAUGAAACAUUCUGCUGCUAGGAAUGUUAUUGAACGAGCGUUCGGGUUGUUGAAGGGUCGAUGGGCAAUUCUUCGCGGCAAGUCGUACUAUCCCGUGCAAAUUCAAUGUCGAACAAUUCUAGUGUGUUGCCUACUACAUAAUCUCAUCAACUGCGAGAUGACGAAUGUUGAUUUUGUUGACGAAUGAGACUCCACCUACACCACGAUUGGAGGUGAUGACAUUCAGUUCGUUGAGAACUCAAACGAAUGGACGCAGUGAAGGGAUGAUUUGGCCGCAGGGAUGUUCAAUGAAUGGCAGUUGCGUAACGAAUAGGCUAAUUAAUUCGAUUUCGUAUUCCUGUACUUGUAUUUAGUUAGUAUUG